AUGGCGAGCGGGGGAAGCAAGGUGUCGUACGCGCGGAUAGUUUCGGCUGCGGGGCCACCGCCUGUACCGGCGCCUGUCCCGGCCAAGGAAAAAGGGACAGAAACCCGCGGCAAUGACGACGAUGAUGGCGGUGGGGAAUGGCAUACGGUUGAUACCAAGUCUGCAAAGAAGCAGCAGCAACACCAUCAUCAACAUCAAAACAAGGAGGAGUCGCAACGUGGCCGGAGCGAUGGUUUCGGACGCCGCCAGCUUGGUUUUCGUCGCCAUGUGGAGCGCUUCCCUCCGGAGAAACGUACUGCGCGCGAUAAGCCCGCGGAUGUGCCGUUUCAGUCGCAGUUCUUCCGCGGCAGUGCCAGCGAACAGUCGUCAGCUACCGCGCAAAAACCGCUUGUGAGCAACGGGCAUCAGUUGAGUUGCGCGCCGGACAGUUCCGAUUCGGACUGUGGCAGAAUGCCGAACCCGGACGUGUCUGCGUCAUCGUCGGCGUCUUCCACGACGUCUGCCCAAGAGAGGCCGAAGCUCGUGGAAGCCCCCAUGCCGAAAGUGAAUCCCUGGUCCCGUAAGCCCCCGUCGAAAGAAUCUCUGCAACCAGUCAAGCCAACACCAGCACCAGUUCCAGCGCCCAAAAAGAUGGAUAACCCACCCCCAGCCGCCGUAGUGAAACUUAGUGAUAAUCUCAAGAAGGAUCGCGUUGAGAGUCCCGCCAAGGUUCGUCAAGACAAGGAGAAAAUCAGCCAAAAGCGAAGAUCCUUAACCCCUCCUUCUCGAGGGCUGAAGCCUUGGGCCGCCACAGCUGAUGAAGUUUCAGUUGCUGAAGACACUGAGAAAUCUGCACCGACGUCUACUUCAGUUUCUUCAGUUUGGUCUAAACCACAGGUGAACGUCUCUGCCAACGUGCAGAUAAAUCCCAAGUCAGUCGAUACAGUGGAGCUUGCACCGAAAUCAUGCGACCUUUCAACUCGAACAAACAAAUGUGACGAGGCUGAAACGCAAAGAAAAUUGCCGGAAAACAAGGCACAUAUUAGUGCUGUUGCGGAUUCGAAAGUCGAUAAAACAGAGGACGAUGAAGACGGAAUGAUGACUACGACGAACGGGAACUCAGUGAGUCCCAUUGACGAUUAUGACUCGACGAAGGAGAAUGUGCAUCCGUCGGAGAGUGAUGACGAGGGUGGGAGGCGAGGUGGUGCGAAGCGGAAAGUUCCCAAGGCCCGAUGGGUGCGACUGGACAUCGACGCACCAAGUCAGCAUUCGCGUAGGGGCCGCAACCCGGGUCCGUGGACUGGUGGCCCUCGUGGUGGUUCUAGCCAGGCAGAUACUGUAUCUCCUGAAGAACGUACUGACCGGUCAUCAGGACGACGUGACCGCAGCUAUGAUGACAGUUAUGUACGACGACCGUAUGCUCGUCCUAAUGGAAGUGACCCUUCCGUCGGAGGUGGAAACGAUCUAACGUCGCCUCCGAUUCGUCCCCAUUCAUCAGCAGCACGAAACGAACGAUGGAACCAAGACGGACCUCCCGUACGUGGAAAUCCCAGAGGUCGAUAUCCAACACGAUUCCGCUCUCGUGGAAACAGAGGAGGUCGCGGUGUCUAUCGUGGUUCUCAUUGGGGCAGCGGGAGCAACUCGGCCCAUGGACGUCCGUCAGCGUCUGACUACGAUUCGCACGAUGACGAUUACACUGACUUGCAUCCAUACGAAGGGCUUGCUGUCGCUUUGAACGGCAUUCCGGCUGCGCCUGCUUUGGCACCUCUUGGACCAGCUCCGACGACAUUUCUUGCCGCUGCACCUUUUGUUGCUACGCUUUACUUCAACCCGUCAUACCAAUACCCUAACGACCAAUCUAUUCGUGAUGCGAUUCGUAAACAAAUCGAGUAUUACUUUUCGGAAGAAAAUUUACAACGAGACUUCUUCUUACGCCGAAGAAUGGACAAUGAGGGAUAUCUUCCUCUCGACUUGAUAGCCUCGUUCCAGCGAGUGCAAAAUCUUACUCAAGACGUCUCACUCGUAGAAGCUGCCGUUAAAGACUCCGAGGUUUUGGAAAUGCGAUCGAGGACGCUUCAUUCGCUCAUUGCUCUGAAACUUCAGAUGGUGCGAACGAGGAACAAUCCAAAAAGUUGGCCUAUCCAUGACAUGUCAACGCCAAGCACGUUCCAAGCCGCCAGGUCACCAUAUCUGGUAGAUUCAUCUACAAUGACUGCAGCAAUUCCGUCAUUGUCGGCCACCGAUUACGUGGUGCCAUAUUUCCCCCUUCCUACGAUUAUACCACAAACACUGCCUUUAGCGCCAGCGACAUACGCUGUGCGACCAGGACCGACGACCCCAGUGAUUUCAGUUGGACGUGCUUUGAGCAGCGGCGAUGACCCGCCUAGUUCGGACUCUUUGAAUGUAAAUUCAACUCCCAGUUCUGGGGAGAGCUCUGACGCGGAGGACACGAAGGUCGAGGAAGAUGUCGAGUCCGAUACGCAGUCUAACCCAGUGACGACAUCACUUAAUCCGGACGUGCCCGAGUUUGUGCCUGGUUCGGGGUCGGGAAACGGGGAGGAAAACCCUUCUGCCGAAAGCCUGGUGGGAGAGGAUGAAGGAACGCAGGCUGACACGGAACAAGAACCCGAAGAUGCCAUCGAAGAAUCUAGAAUAUCUAGAAGAAAGACGUGCGGGCGUCGGGACGAGUCGGGGAGGUCUAAGGAAAUGCAUUUGAACUUGCCUGAACGAAGUGAUUUGACUCCUGUGGCAGAAGAAGUUUCGACUCCUGAGAAAUCCGGGAAACCCUUUUCCCGUCCGGGAAGUGCAGCGGGUGAACCGUGCCUUUCUGCAUCAGCUCCCCCGGUGAUCGAAGAUUCUUGGAAGGAAGUCAAGCGGCGUUCAAAGGAGUCGAAAAGGCGGAAAGGAAAGCUUGACGGUGCUUCAGAAACUGGAUCAACGCGGUCAUCAGUGAGCCGUGAUGGUCCGUCAUCGGAAGUAUUCCUCCUGGACGAAGAAAUGAAUAAUGUCGAAGAUUUUCCUUCGCGCAAAUCCUUCUCCUUCGAUCCACCAGAUGACUGGACAGAUUAUUCGGAUAACGAGGACUUUCCGGACGAAGAAGUGAAUCGUUUGUUGAUAGUGACACAGCACCCUUCACAUCAGCCGGACGAACUGUCGGGGCAUUUUUCAUCUGCGAGUUCGUCUGUCACGUCGACGUCUUUCGGAGCUAGUCACCGUCCGCACAAGCACGACGGUUACGAUCGCACUGGCGACCAUACGACUCGCGUUAAAAUGACUCAGGAUCUCGGCAAAGCCAUCAAUGAUGGGCUUUUCUAUUAUGAAGAAGAUCUCUGGAAUCCAAAUGACCAGCAAGAGUCUCGCGAUCGUCGCUACACGUCCAUUCAGGUGAUCUCGGAGGAAGCGUUUGCCAAGCUGAAGCCCCCACCGCCGAAAGUGGAGAAUAAGAGUCUUCCGCCGCCUCCCCCUCCACCCCCGUCACUAGCGGAACCCUCUCCUUUAUCGUCGUUGGCAGCUCGGGAAAAUGCUCAGUCAUCGAAUGAAAACGACAUUCAAAAAGCGCUUAAGGGAAGCAAGCUUCCAAGUGUCGGACCGCAGCUUCGCAAGGAUCCGGAAAGAGCGCCCAGGUUUUAUCCGGUUGUAAGGAAAGCCGGCGAUCCACAGCAAGAGAUCGGUCAUCCACAUAAGCUGAGAUCGCGAUAUUCCGAGAACGCAAUGGAAGAGCGACAUGUCGGCUGGGUCAUGGACUCGCGACAUCAUCGGUCUCGCGCCUCAUCUUUGAGCGAAGCGAGUCCGAGUGAUCACGGGAGUACUAGUAGUACGCCUGUCAAUUUGCCGAUCUUCCGUCAUCCGUCACAUUCCCUGCUGAAGGAAAACGGUUUUACGCAGCAGGUGUAUUCCAAGUACCGAACGAAGUGCCUCAGAGAGAGGAAAAUACACGGUAGCGGUAAGAGCACGGAAAUGAAUACGCUUUUCCGGUUCUGGUCGUUCUUCCUACGUGAGAACUUCAACCGACGAAUGUAUGAAGAAUUCAAAAAACUUGCGUUGGAGGAUGCUGCGAAUGGCGCCCGGUACGGACUCGAAUGUCUGUUCAGAUUCUUCAGUUACGGAUUGGAAGCGCAUUUCCGUCAUGACAUUUUAACCGACUUCCAGGACGAAACCAUCAGAGACUACGAGUCAGGUCAUUUGUACGGGUUAGAGAAGUUCUGGGCUUUUCUCAAGUACUAUAAGCACAGUCGACGUUUGGCUGUUGAUCAGCGUCUUACUGCACUGCUCCAGAAAUUUCAAACUUUGGAGGAUUUCCGGGAACCCAUCGAUCAGGGAAAAGAAGAAGCGAUUCUUGACCCAGUUGAGGCAGCCAGGCGGCGAUUGUUUUCGGAGUCGGCUGUGGGCGUAAAUCAACCAGCUACUCUGAUGCCGAGUCUUUCGUCAAUGGGCUGCCGGAAACGCGGAACGUCUGAGUCACAAGGUGGUGGUGCGAUGCCGCGAUCGGUCGCCGCUGCGACCGCCGGCAAGAAGUCUAUUCCCGCGCGGCAACGACACUCCAGUGACGUCAAGGUGCGCACGAGCAGUGUGUCCUCGAACGCGUCCGAGCCUGUGAUAGUCCUGAAGUCAUCGUCGGCGACGAGAGACAAGAAUUCCAGUCGUGCACCCGUCACCUGUGAUAAGAAAUGAAGGAGCCAAGACGAAGGAUUGGAUUAGCUGAGAGGCAUUGGCGAUUCCUCUCCUUGGAAAAAAAAAAAGAAAGGGAGGGUGAAAAGGGGCCGUUGCCAUGGAUUGCUGCGAAAGUGAAACGAGAAGAAGUUGCGGGAAAAUGAAAUUCUACGAUCUGUUAGCGGCGGGCGCAAGAAAAAGUCUCUUGAGAGACAUACAUUUUAUGAGACGCGUGUGACGGCCAUCGUGAUUUUGUUCCCUCUCCGUGCAGGGUUAAAUUUUGUGAACGAAUUUAUUUCUGCGUAAAGAUUCAUUGAGAAUGGCGCGUGCCUAGUUUUUUUUCUUUCUCCCGUUGUGAGGAUCGAUGCGUUUUCUGUACAAACGACCGAACGGCUCUCAUUUUUUUCUUUGAAGCAGCUGUGAGAAGCAGAGGGAAAUUUGUGCCUCAAGCAAGGGUGAAAGCGGGAUGUUGGCUUUUGUCGCGGGUUUAUUUUUUCGUCGCGUUUCAUUUGUGGCGGAGGAUCCACGGCGUGGGGAUUUGCAACCAGCUUUUUAUUUUGUGGAUGUGACAUAUCGGCAUGGGCGUCGCGGGGUUGUUGAGUUGUACUCGUGAGUAGCCGAAUUAAGUGCGAAGGCAUUCUCCGUGUCGCAUGACUAUUCAAAAAAAAAAAGAAGAAAAGAAAAAAAAACCGGGAAAAGGAAUUAGUUUCGCUUUUCGUCGCUGUGAGGAUCAGUUGUUGAUGGAAGAAGAAAGGUGUGAAGGAUGUAGGAAUGAAGAGCUUUCUCCCUUUUUUGCGCUGACAUGUUUUGGCAGAUGAAUGAGUGAUUUUAACCAAACAAAAGAAUUCGUAGUGCGAAGAACGGAGAUGCCGCGUGAGUUGAAUGUUUUGUUUUUUUUGCCCAACCAAUGAAACGGAACCGUCUUGAGUUGAAGUUCCUUGGGGUAAGGAUCGUUUGAAGUGUCCAUCGUUUUGUAAGAUAGUAGUUGGAACUAGGGAAUUGUAGUUUGUUUGCGGCGUGGUUUUCAUGUUAAGUGGUGAUUAGGCAAAUUUCUUGCUCAGUUUGGUUUGUUUUGACUGACGCAAGUCGGUUACCGUUGCUUUCUCUUGUGAUUUUUCGGGUCGUGGCUGCCCAGCGGUUUGAUUUUGUUUCCUCCCUUCGCGUGACAGUCGUUAUACCGUAUCCCAGAGUCGAGCGUUUUUUGGUUAUCCGGAUGGUUUUGCUCAACCUUUAGGUAUUUGUCUGUUGGCACGUCGCUCAAUUUUACAUCGGUUCCUGGUGUAUCGGGCUCUCUGCAAUUCUGUUUCGUGGGACGUGGUUCCAUGAGGGUUGUGAUUAUUUUGAUGUACUGCGGGCGAAUUCAGUCAAAGAAAACGUGUGCGCGAAAGACAGAAGAACCUCCCUUGCCCAGUCUGUUGCUCGGUGUCGCUGAAUCAUUUUUGAUAUGGAGACCGAGUUGGCUUACUUGUUGAAUCGCGCGCUGCGGGAGUCGGGUAAAAGAUGCCCCUUUUUUUUCCUUCUGAUACAACGAGUAUUUUGAAUCCAUCCGUUUGUUGCGGCCGGAGUGUUGUUGAGUAUGUUUUGCGUUGAUACUUCUCGUUUCUUUUGUGUCGGUUCCCCGCAAGACGGAAACUGAUUCCAAGGUCUCUUCUCUUCUUGCCGUGUUCGUGUCAGCCUCCCGCGUGCGACGUCUCAGUCAGACCCUGUAAAUACUUCGAACUCGUAACUUUUUUUGUUUUGUUCAUGGGGUGUAUAUAAAACAUGAAGAGAUAGUGUGCGACCGCAUCGUUCGGGGAUUCGUUCGAGUUGCCUUUUUUCAGUCACAGAAAUGUGGUAGAAUUUUUUUGAUUUAGUGUUCGCUCCUCCGUGGUUCUCUCCCACUCGCACCUUGUCUCACGGACCCUGCUUCGGUUAAUAGACGGCAUGAGAAGUGAAUUUCCUUCCGAAAAUUCGAAUUGCUGAGGGAAUUGUGCAUCAUUUUUCAAGUGUAGAUAUAAGCUUUGAUGGUAUUCAUGA